CAAUCAAGGAGAGUUCCUUGCUCAGCAGAUUGGUAGCCAAGUCAGAAGGCAGCCUGCCGGGUUUCUCCAUUAAUGUGUUUUGGAUCUGACCCUAUCUUGGGGUUUUAAUGAGCUGUGGAUCAAAGCUUCUCCGGCCCCCUCCGUUCUCCUUAAUUCCACCUCCUCGAACCCAAGACAUCUGAGGAGCCAGAGAGGAACGACCAUCCUUAAUCGUGGUCCUUAAGCCUCUUAGCGCGACUCAGCUGCCUCCUCCUGCUCUCCUGUUCCUGGAUUUGGAGCGUUAAAGGCUUGCAGGUUGGCCGCCCGAGGGAGUACACACCACAGCAGUGUGUGUGUUUCUUUCUGUGUGUGUAUUUCCACUAUCGUCAAGGUCAGAGGAGCGAACACAAAGGAGCAUCUGUUUGGGGGGGCCCUUGAGGUCCGGGACGGAGACCGGCGGGAUGUCCCGCGAUGGUGCUCGGAAGCAAAGAAACGUCCAGAAAAAUGUGAACCGUAAUGUGGACCUGUCUGCCGAAAAUCUCAUUAGAGUUUCAGACCCAGCUGCCAGUGGAUCAACCUGUCCUGGAGCAAUCCCGCAAGGCAAAUCACAGUCCGCAUCUUUAGGAAAGAAAGCUGACAAACCACACCACACGAGCCGAGUCCAGACCAACUUCUCUUGUCCGGACUGGCUUUUAGGAGAUCUCUCCAGCCCUUCUCCCUCCCAGAAGCAAAGCAACCUCGCAUGCAAGCUGCAGAGGCAUGGAUCGGAAAACGGGUCACGGAUCGCCGGCCCUCCCCUUCUUCCUGCUGGACUCUGCUCACACUCGGGCCAGCCGGGUUUGAAGAGAGACCCCCUGAAAAAACUGCCCUGUCGACAUCACACUGCUCGGCGUACCUGCCCUUCUUCCUCCGAGGUCCGAAUACAAGGCAAGGACCCCCAGGCGCUGAAACAAUCACAGGGUCCUACUUCUGUGCCAAGAAGAAGGGGUGGAAAUCUUUACAGCCAGGGAGGUGCCUCCUUUCCAUCCCAGCGGUCAGAGGUAUCAUCCUUUCCACACCACCCUCAUCCUUCUGUUUGGUGUCCCGAAAGAAACGCGGAUCCUUCCCCGGCCCUUACCGUAGACCAUCUGGACACUUCUCCUCCAUCGGAGAGGCGUCCUUCUUCGGCAGCGUUCCAGGCCCUCCUGCGGUCCUCUCAAACCUCUGCCGAGCUUCACGGUUCCCUCCGGCGGCUGGAGGAGCAACUCGCCAUGGGGGCCUUAGGGUCUUCCCCCUGGGAAUCUAAAUCUCCCCGGCCUUACAGAUCAAGGAGCAACCCCCGGGCAUCCACCUUGGGGACGCCGAGCCUGGCGGAGUGGCUGGCCGAGGAGCAGAGUUACGCGAAGCACGCCAGGGCGAAAUGGCACCCCUCCUUCCGUGGUGACUGGAGGCCCGGCCCUACGAGCGACGGAACUGGAGAUCAUGACGGCGCCUCCUUUCUGACCGGGUUCAACGACUUUGGGUUGUACGCAUCCUCCGUGGACCCUCGGGACGGCUCUCCUUCGGCAGGUUUCUACAGCCAGGUUGGGGCCACCUCGUUGGGUCAAGGAGAAGACCUUGCCUCCAGCCGUUCCGUUCUUUUCGAACCCGGCUCGCGACCCCGUUGGGCCCUAGAAAGGAAGAGAACCUGGAGCGACCCCAAGGAAAGGGGGCUGGAUGACCCUUCUGCUGGGACCUCCUGUCCCUCCAAGGGAGGUCCUGAGAGCCUUCCCUCCGGUCUUCUCUCCGUGGAGGAUCUGGAGAUCUCCCUCAAGACGUUGGGUGCCAAGGCUUCGCUGGACACAGGGGUUUCCUUGUUCGACACCCCACGGGAAGUGCCCUUGAGGGUCGGUUCUCUCGGUGGCCUGGAGAUCAUGUCUGCCCGCUGGCUUCACCAUCGCCCCAAAGACCUGGACGUUGGUGAACCUCAAGGUCAGGCAGGAGACACCGGAAGAAACCCAUCCGUUGCCAAUUGGGUAGGGGAGUAUGGCUCGUUCUUGGCUCACCGGAGACUCAGUCCCUUUGGGGCCGCUGCCAGGGAAGGUCUCCGGGAAGGUGCGCGAAUGGCCGGCAGGGCGAAUGUGGUGGAUUUCAUCGACCCCGUUGGUGGAACGGCAGACGGCUCCUCAAAUUCCUCCCACUGUGGUCCACGGACCGGUGAGGGAGGGGAUCCAAAGCAGGACUCUUGCAUCCAUCCGGCUCGGCCAAACGAUGACCUCUUGGGUCGUAAGGAGAGUGAUCACGCCUUAGACGCCGUACAAGAGGAGGACCUGGGAAAGGAGGACAGACCGAUGGACAAGAAAAGAGAUGGGAUUUGGACGCCGGGCAGCGGCCCCGUGCUGGCGAAAUCGUUUCUGGCUUGGCGGGACCACGUUUUGGAGAAGAAGGCUGCGGCCCGGGGGCUGUACGAGCGCCAGCUGUUGCGCAAGGGGCUGGCUGGCCUGCAGUGGGCGGUGGAGCUGAGGAACCUCAUGGUGGGCAUCGCGCAGAGGAGCCACGCCUUGGCGGUCCUGGCUGCCAGCUUCCGCAGGUGGCAAGACGCCACGGCGGAGCAGCGGGCGGUGCGGCCGCAGGAGGAAAGGGCUCCUGAGCCUGGCCCUCUGGCGCCUUCAGGAAGAGACGGGUUCGGGAAACGCCUCCUUUGGACCCAGCUGUCGAGGGACCACCAGGAGGAAGCCGCCCGAUACAGCAGGGCGGAAGUGGGGAUCUGGAUGCAGUUCCGCCACACGCACGGAGCGGACGAGCUGUGCAGGAAGGUGGAGGCGGUGCGAGACAUGAGGCGGCUGGCUGCAGCUUUCAGACUGUGGUGCCUUCAGAAGGAGCGCCUGGACAGAGUGGAGGCUCGCGCCCGAGAAGCUCACGCCCUCCUGCAGAAAAAAAAGCUGUCCAUCCUGUUUCGGAAGUGGCGUUCCCGCUACCGGGCAAACCGACGGACCUGGCAGGUGGUGGCUCGGAUCCAGAGAGGGCUGAUCUGCCGGUGCUUUGAGGCAUGGAAGCGGUUUGCUGAUCGGGAGGUGGUGAGCAGGCAGGCUCUGGAACGCCUGCGGGUCGGAUCCUUGAGCCUCUGCUUCCACCAGUGGACCCAGAUGGUCCAGAUCCGGGAGAAAGCCAAGCAUCUCCUGGUGGAAUUUAUGGCCGUGAAACGGAGGAAAUCCUAUGAAAAGCUGGGCUUGGCUGCACGUACGACCAUCAUGCAAGCCUGUGUGGAUGUUGAAAAGUGGUCACAAAGGAGCGGAACCAGCCCCUUUGAGGGUCUCCUCUACGCACUGACCCUGCAGAAGGCAUUUCUGAUGUGGAAGGCGCGGUGGUGGGAAUCCCACCUGGCCACCAUUUUCAGCCAAGCCCUGACGAAGCGCCAGCUGAGGGAGGCGCUGGCCUUCUGGUGGUGGAAGACCCUCAGCCUGCAGCCUUUGGGACUCAAGGCCAGCGGCGACCUCACUGAGGACUACCUCCUUGCGUCGCUCGGUUCAGAGGCGUCUUCCCUCUCCUCCGGCUUCCACAGCAGCGUCCCGGCCUUGCCCACCUCCAGGGGCUCUUUGGAAAAGGAAAAUAGUCUGGAGGACAACAGCAAUGGCAGCAUCUCUUCAUCGGCCAUCGGUGAAGACUCUGGGCCUCUCCCCGCUCGCGAAUCACCAGUCCUGAGAUGGUCUCCAGUUCCGGAAAGCCUUCCUGAUGUGGCUGUGGAAUCCCACUCUCAGGCACCUUCUCCUCUACAUCGUCCCCAGGCUGGGGCUUUUGUUUUGGGGUCCGGGGCGUCAUCCCAGGGUGCGGCGCUGCACGAGGCUGCCCUCCAGUUCCAGCAUUCGAGGGAAAGGCAUCUUCUGGCGUCCUGCUUGGGGAGAUGGGAAGCCGCGCUCCGGAGAGCCCGCCAGCGACAACAUCAGGAAGGCCACAUCCAUGGCGGUCCUGUCGGGCCGCACGACGGCGUACGGCGCUGGAGGAAAGCCACGAGGGGUUAUCGGGAGCUGCGGUUCCGCUCCGUCAACCAGGCCGGCAGCUACUGGACCAGGGCAUCGGCUGUCUGGCUCUGCUCCCUGCAACAGAGCAGCCACAUUGGAGCCCGGAAACGGAGGAAACUCUACCUCGGCGGGUCCAGCCGGCGAAGACGGAACGGAGAGGAGGGUCCUCAUCCCGGCUCAGCGGUGCCCCCCAGCGCUUUCCGUGCCUGGCUGGCCGUCUAUAGGCGCCAGAGCAGGAGCCUGGCAGAGCAACGCCCUCAAGAGAGCCCAGAGGUCGCCGGGCAGCUGCCCAGAGGGGACAGGAUCCGAGAGGACCACAAGGAAGCGAUCUCGGCCACGAGCCGGAAGCAGUGGCUCAGGAGAAAAUACUGGAGCCUGUGGAGGUGCAGCAUCCUUCUCCGACACUUCCGGUCCGCCCGGGAGACGCGGCACCUGGUGAAUUCUUGGCUGUGCUGGAAGGAGGCCGCCAGGACCCAGCAGGUGAUCCGAGCCUUGGUGAGACGGAGGCUGGCCGAAUGGAGCUGGAACACCUGGCGGCGACGAUGCCUGCGGAGUUGGGUGGCAGAGCAUUUCCGGGCCACCCACCAGAGGUGCCUGCUCGAAAAGGCCUUUGGAAGGUGGCGUCUGCGCCUUGCGCAAAAAGCCAAGUAA